UUUUCUUCCAGCAGGAGAUUUUCUUCCAGCUGGCAAGCGAGAGCAGCUUCGUCCUCGAGGAGCACGCCAAAAUCAGCUCCAAGGAACAGCAUCGCCAUUGUGCAGCCGCAAGGGGCGCUUUCAGAGCACGCUGGUCCUUGAAAGAGACGUGCAGCCACUUAGGUACAUUCCUUCGUCCCUUCUCACUGUCAGCCAACCCCUAAUGCCAUGACAAUCACAGCCCUACGACCCCUUGACGCGCGGCACGUGUCGACGGUCGCGACGGCCGCAGCUAAAGCUCCGUUCCUCAGAGGCCCCGGACAUUCCAGCAACCUGGGACAGGAAGAGUGGCAAUGGGAGCUUCCUCAGGAAAUGGGACCGUCUUCGAGGGAGGGAACACCAGGCAGCGCGCGGAGACAAUGGGGGCCAGCUCCGAACCAUGGGUUUGAGCUGCCAGAGGUGGCUAUGGACCCCUUAUUUGAGGAUGUUUGGGAGGACACUGUUGCAGCAGUGGGCCCUUGGAUGAGCUCGCUGGAGACUCAACGAAAGGCAAUGAUUCACCAGUGCGAGCAUGCCACGAAGUCUUUCCAAGACGCAAUCCAGAAGAAUAUGCCCCACCAAAUGAGCCUGCCAAAAACUGUAAAGGGGCAAAAGCCGCACUAGUAGGUAAAUCAUAAACCUGUGGCAUAGUGGGGGAUUGUACAGUUGCAGUGCAAAGCGCUCUGAAUGAGAAUCCUUGCAAGCUGGCAAGAAACAGCCUUGUGCUUAUUAGGUCGCUCUGAGAAUGGUGUAUGCAUCGGUAAACUUUGUGAAUAUGGACAAAAUCAGGUAGAAUAGCUCAAGCUGCUUCUUGUAGAUAAAUUGAAUGUAGCCUGAUCCAAAGCCAUAGUUGCUUACUUCUUGGGGUCUGGCAGUAGUUGAGUGUAGUGCCUAAUAGUUUCUGCUUUCUGGCAAAAGUAAUGGUAAAAGACUUUGGGUAGCAAUUGCCAUCGUUGGCCAGGCUUGUACAUUACAUGUGUCCGGAUCCUCGGUGACCAUGACAGGGAGUUCGCCAGGAUUAAGCACCGAGCUUUUAUAGAAUUCCAUGCCAUUCAAUUGGUGGGGGGAACAGUUUGAAAUAAUCCAAUCUUUGGUGCUCGAUCAAAUUGCUGCAAGUCACCAGAACCUGAGUCGUUUGCCCUCAGUUGCCU